ACGAUGUGUUUUCCAGUAGCUAGCUAUCUAAAGGGGAGUGUUUCAGUAGAUGAUAUAAAGUCUGUCUGUUUCCUAGAGUGCCCGAGGAACGUUUUAGGUUGAGGCACUGCAUAUCACAGAUGCGUAUCUGUUUUAGAGUUGUAUUAACAUGUUGAAAAGUUACAGCAGAAAAACUCUGCUUUCCAUAGCGGGAGCGACCGUCACCUGUCUCGUGGUGCUUUUGAUGGUUGUCCAGCACCAAAGGAUUGCGGUGGACGGCUUGCACGACAGAGAAGUCGGGAUGCGCUCGCUUCAGAGUCUGAGUGAAUCACCAAUUAAUGAUGGAGCGCCAACUGAGCAGGUUGUACAGGACGACCGAAAGAGAGGAUUUUCUGCGUAUUUCUCCAAAUUGUCCCGGAGCAGAAGGGAAGCAGAAAAACCCACUGUGUCGGCCAAGGCAGCAACGAACACACCACCCGCUGAAGACAUCAGCGCGGAUGACAUCUUCAUCGCUGUUAAGACCACUAAGAAGUUCCAUAAAUCCAGGCUGGAUCUUCUUCUAGACACUUGGAUUUCAAGAAACUUGCAACAGACCUACAUAUUCACAGAUGGUGAAGAUGAGGAGCUGAAGAAGAAAAUUGGAAGCCACGUUCUCAACACCAACUGCUCCGCUGCGCACAGCCGCCAGGCCCUGUCUUGCAAGAUGGCCGUGGAGUACGACAAGUUUAUUGAGUCGGGGAAAAAGUGGUUCUGUCAUGUAGAUGACGACAAUUAUGUUAAUGUGAGGACACUCAUCAAGCUGCUCUCUCAGUACCCUCACACUCAGGACAUGUACAUCGGGAAACCCAGCCUGGACCGGCCCAUCGAGGCCACUGAGAGACUUGCCGACAAUAAGAUGCGGCCUGUCCAUUUCUGGUUCGCCACUGGAGGAGCAGGUUUCUGUGUGAGCCAUGGGCUGGCUCUGAAGAUGAGCCCCUGGGCAAGUGGUGGCCAUUUCAUGAACACAGCAGAAAAGAUACGCCUUCCUGAUGACUGCACCAUUGGUUACAUUAUCGAGUCCAUCCUGGGUGUUCCGCUGACGAGGAGCAACCUGUUCCACUCACACCUGGAGAAUCUGCAACAGGUGUCCAGAUCACAAGUUCACAAACAGAUUACAUUGAGUUAUGGAAUGUUUGAGAACAAAAGGAAUAUUAUCAGCAUGAAGGGGGCUUUCUCUGUUGAGGAGGACCCAUCCAGAUUUAAGUCUGUGCACUGUCUCCUGUACCCAGACACUCCAUGGUGUCCUCCCCAUGUUGCCUAUUAGGGUGACCAGCUCCUCUACUGUAUCCUCGUCCCAUCUGUGCCUCGGUAUCUGUAAGGCACUUGGGACCGUUGUGUUAUUGGCUUGCGUGGCUGCUGCGUUGUUGUUGCAGUGGAGCGCGGCCUCUCGUGGUUUUUACUGGGCUGCUGUGCGGCCCGCCUUUGGACACUUCCUUCCUGUCUGGCAUUUAAGCUUCCUGUCUGGGUGUGUGAGUUUCCUGUCUGGGCCCCAGGCUGUGAGCACCAGGACUCAGAACCGAGCUUCGCAGGCAGUCAUCUGUGCUUUACGUCCUUCAUCUUGCUUGUAUCAGAUUUUCAAUUCUCAUAGAAUGUUUAACGUCCAAGCCUUUUAUUGCCAGCUUUACAUGUUAAGUUUUUAAUAUUUUUCUUCCCCCUUUCCAAAUGCAAAUCAGGAUUCUUCCCUCAGGUUUGAUAUGAUAUACACUCAAAAGAGGGAUUUAUUUAUAAUGGUGCUUUCCUCUUAUUUUAUGUUUUGUUUACCAUUUCAAAGGGCUCCGGAUGAAAUAAUGAGAUGAAGGUUACCAUUGAUGAUUUCAUUUUCAGCUUCAGUGUUUUAGUGUUAUGACUAUUAUGUAAUAUGAUAUUAUAAUUUGUUAAGAGAACGUCUGCUGGCAAUAGGCAAUUUUCCGCAUGUGCCAUCAGGUUAUUUGAAUCUGUGGUAUAUUAUGGAUGAUGCACUUUUCUCCUUUACUGUUCUGAAAAUGAUUGUUGGUGGAAUUCAAAGCUGUGUGAUGCAACAGCCCCUAAGCCUUAAAGUUUUUAUUUUAUUUAAUGCCAUUACUUGCAUUCAAACAAUCUUGGCAUAGAGUUUUAUUACAUUUUGCUGAUCUUGUGAUUUGCCACCUUUUGCUCUGAGGUUUCAUAGAAAGUUGCACAGCCUGGUUUGAGUGAGCUGCUUGUUGCUCUUGGAGUGUCCCUCUUGUGAAUGUUUACACGUUGUCAAAACAAAAGUGUUGAUGGCUUCGUGGAUUCUAAUGUAUACAUUACUUUUUGACCAGUGGGCAGCUAAAUGGAAAAUGUAAGGGUGGUGAUUUGAUCUCCUCGUUGAACCAUUCUCACUACUCUAUCAUUACUCUCAGACUGAGUCCAAGGCUCCAGGGUUUGGCACAUGGGCUUCUCUCAGUCCUAACUUUGAAAGACUGCAAGAGAUGCAUUGUCACAUCACAAGCGCUACAGCAGUAUAUCUUACAGAGGUUUUCUCUUGCUCUGUGAAAAUUACCCACAUUGGGUUGACCAAUUUUAAAGCAGUAUUUUUUUUACUGUGCAAUAGUAAAAUAAGUGCAUUUGUACAUUUGGUUAUGCCCCCCCCCCCUCCUUUUUGGUAUUGCUUUGAAAUGUGCUUAAUUGCUGUAAUUUAUACUCCAGUAUCUGGAAUCUCCAAUUGAUCAAAUGCCUGUCUCUCAGGGAUCAAAGUCCUGAUGGGGUUACCAUGGAUGCCACUGUGGUAACUGUGCAUUUAGCUUUUGAAUAAAAUGCCUUACUCUGA